AUGCGUCUUCUCAUUCUUUCAAUUGCUCUUUUCAUCGGAUCCACAACUGCUCUUGACCUCAUUGGAAGAACUCAAUGGGCUGCGGUAAAAGGAAAAGUUCUGUGCGAGGGAAAACCAGCAUCUGGAGUCAAAGUGAAGCUUAUGGAAUCUGAUAACAGCUUCCUUCCUGGAUUCUUGGACAAAGAUGACAAAUUGGCAUCCUCGAAAGCUGAUUCCAAUGGAGAGUUCAAUUUGAGUGGAUCCACCAAAGAAAUCACCACCAUCGAGCCUUAUUUGGCAGUCUUCCACGAUUGCAAAGAUGGGAUUACACCAUGCCAACGUGUUCUUCGCAUCGAUAUCCCAAAAUCAUAUUCUAACUGGGGAAGCUCUGCCAAGCAAACCUACGAUGCUGGAGUUCUGGAACUCGCCGGAAAGUUCAAAGGGGAGACCAGAAGCUGUUUCAAUAAAUAA